UAAGAAUUUAAAAGUAAAAUAAAAUUAGAAAAAUUUUACACAAUAAAUAAAAAGAGGGAGAAACAUGAAAGAUUUGCUGCUGAGGCCACAGGUUUUGAGGCAAGAGCAUUGAAUUUGAUAAAAGCCAGAUUGUAUCAGCAGCCAAAGAUAUUAAAUAGAAAUAGAAAUUAGUAGCUGAAAAUAUGGAAGAAGAUGGUUCAAGGUCAAUGCCAUCUGCUCAUGAACAGGAAGCUGCUGUUAAGAAAAAGUAUGGAGGAAUUGUGCCCAAGAAACCACCACUAAUUUCAAAGGAUCAUGAGAGGGCGUAUUUUGAUUCAGCUGAUUGGGCUCUCGGGAAGCAAGGUGUAGAGAAGCCUAAAGGUCCUCUUGAGGCACUUCGACCUAAGCUACAGCCAACUCAACAACAAACACGAUACCGCAAAUCUCCUUGUGCUCCAGCAGCAGGAGAAGAUGGAGAAAAUGCGGCUUCUGAGGAAGCGACUUCUACUUGAACGAGGGAAUACUGCUGCUUUUCAAGAUUGCCGAUUGCUACUCUUGAUAUUUUUAGGCUUAAGAGUAAUGUUCUGUUGUUUUUUCUUAAAAUAAACUUCAUUAUUCCUAGAAAUGUACUUUCAUGUACAUCAUGCUUCAAUCGAUAUAUCUCCGCUCCAUGUUUUUCGCUCCUCAUGUGAGACGAUCUUAUUUGCAGCAGAGAAAUGUACAAGACUACAAGUUAUGUAUUGUAAUUGAGCUAAGCUUUAUCAUUUAUUACUAUAAUUAGAAUGUAAUUUUAUGCCACACUA